ACCGCCGACUGGAGGCAGAGCGCCGCUACUCCUCUCCCCUACGCUGAGGUAGACGCAGUUUCCAACAAACCUGAGUUCAUCUCUCAUCCGCAAAGCAUCUAGACCUACUUUUGGUUGAAUUCCAGAAUAUAGAAGCUUAUUGGAAUUUGAAAGAAAGUGGGAAGAAAACAGAACAGAGAAAGAAAGCAGCCUUCAGCAUCCUCCCCUCGCAUCUCGGCUCCUUCAUUCCUCCCCGGUGUUUGUCUCCUAGAAUCCAGGAGCGCUUCUUUAUUUUCUGCCUUUUUCUGGGACUUUCAAUCCCUUUUCUUAGCCGCUGGAAGGAACCCGAGGAAGAUCCCGAGAGCUGGCCGGACGUUUCAGUUUUCAUCUUCCCGAUACAGGCGGCGGAUCCCCGCACCAUAAAGACUGGAAAUUAUUAAUCCCGCACACACCGCAGUACCGCAUGGUGGGAAUUUCUGCCUCCUUUCAGUAUCGCACUGGGAAGCGUUCCACCAUGCCCGACUCACCUGCGGAUGUCAAGGCACAGUCCAGGUUGACGCCCCCUACCAUGCCACCUCCACCCAGUACACAAGGGGCCCCCCGAAACAGCUCGUACACGCCCACUACAUUGACGAAUGGCAGUAGUCACUCCCCAACAGCGCUCAACGGUGCGCCAUCUCCUCCUAAUGGCUACAGCAACGGCCCCAGCUCGUCCUCCUCAUCUUCGCUUGCGAACCAGCAGCUGCCACCGGCUUGUGGGGCCCGGCAGCUCAGCAAGCUCAAACGUUUCCUCACCACUCUUCAGCAGUUUGGGAACGACAUCUCACCAGAAAUUGGGGAGCGAGUCCGCACACUAGUACUGGGACUAGUGAAUUCCACGCUAACCAUCGAGGAAUUCCACUCCAAGCUCCAAGAAGCCACCAACUUCCCCCUGCGACCUUUUGUCGUACCCUUUCUGAAGGCUAACCUGCCAUUGCUUCAGAGAGAGCUGUUGCACUGUGCCAGGCUUGCCAAGCAGAACCCAGCUCAAUAUCUGGCCCAACAUGAGCAGCUACUCCUGGAUACCAGCACCACAUCACCGGUGGAUUCCUCCGAACUCCUGCUUGACGUCAAUGAAAACGGCAAGAGAAGGACUCCUGACAGAACCAAAGAGAACGGCUUUGAGCGAGAUGGAGCCAUCCAUCCAGAUGUCCACCCAAGCAAACGGCCUUGCACCAUGAGCCCCGCCCAGCGUUUCAGUCCGUCCAAUGGGCUCUCCUACCAGCCCAAUGGGCUGCCCCACCCAGGUCCCCUCCCUCCGCAGCACUACAGGCUGGAUGACAUGGCCAUCGCCCAUCAUUACCGUGACACAUACAGACACCCAGCCUCCAAUCACAGGGAAAUCCGAGAGCGAGCCAGGCCUAUUGGUAUGCAUGCAGGAAGCAGGCAGGAGGAGGUGAUUGACCACAGACUGACAGACAGGGAAUGGGCCGAGGAGUGGAAGCACCUUGACCAUGUAAGAAAACUGCUGAAUUGUAUCAUGGACAUGGUGGAGAAAACAAGACGUUCGCUGACUGUGCUGCGGAGGUGCCAGGAGGCCGACCGAGAGGAGCUCAACUACUGGAUAAGGCGUUACAGCGAUGCAGAGGAGCUGAAGAAGGGGGCUUCUAGUGGGCAGUCAAGGCAGCAGAGCCCUGCAGCACAGGAAAACACAACAUCAGACAUUCCCAGAGAGCUGUUGCACCGGCCUGUUUCGGGUUACGUCCCUGAAGAGAUCUGGAAAAAAGCUGAAGAGGCGGUGAAUGAGGUGAAGCGUCAGGCCAUGUCUGAACUGCAGAAAGCCGUGUCAGAGGCAGAGCGAAAGGCUCAUGAGAUGAUCAGCACUGAGCGGGCAAAGAUGGAGCGUACUGUAGCUGAGGCCAAACGUCAGGCAGCUGAGGACGCACUUUCCAUCAUCAACCAGCAGGAGGACUCCAGCGAGAGCUGCUGGAACUGUGGUCGUAAAGCCAGCGAGACGUGCAGCGGCUGUAACACAGCGCGCUACUGCGGCUCCUUCUGCCAGCACAAGGACUGGGAGAAGCACCACCAUGUCUGCGGUCAGACCCUCCAGGCCCAGCAGCAGCAGCAGCAGUCCAGCCAGCCGCAAGGAGGAGUUCCAGGCUCAGAGACUCCCGCCCCCAUCAGCUCUUCAGCCUGCACUCCAAGCAGCGGCACCGGGAGUCCUGCUGCGACCCCCCCUGCCGCUACUCCACGCUCGUCCACCCCCAGCACCCCAUCCUCUUCUGCUCUUGACAGUACACCUCGCUAGGAAAGCUUCCCAUGUGCAACAAACAGUGCUAAAACCCACAAAGAGCAUGACUGUCUACAUCAUGACAUUGUCUUUGCAAAGAAAACAACAGAUAGGGACGGCAAAGCAUGUGUCUGUCUUACAAUGUGGUCGAAAAAGGAGGAAAAACGAGGUCAAUAAUCAGGUCAUAUUGACUUGCCAUGACUUUAAAGAAACGCAAAGAUAUUCUUUGUGUUGAAUGAACAAAUUGAAAAAUUACAUCCUUUUAUCAUUACACUUCUUUGCUCUUGUGCGUUGGUUGUUGUACCUGUUGUCGUUACUGUUGUCAGUGUAGCUUCUCUUACUUUACUUUGUAAAUAUAAAAAGACUGAUCUGAGGAGUCAAGACCUCACCUUUAUAAAUGUUUUAUUUUUCGUCUCUCAUUUAAGCUUUAUUUCCUCUCUGUUCCAGACAUUGCACCUAAGUUAACUUUUCAUACAAAGCCGAAUGACUGAAGUGGUCAAUAUUCACUGCAAAUGAGGAGAUUAGAUUUUAAUACAGGCUGAUGAAUAAAUAAGGGACAGACUGAACCUCUGGCUUGCAGACCCAGCCGCCAAGAAGCAGGCAGAUGUGCAGCAGAUUGCAAGCCGAGCCAGCUGUUCAGCCGGCAUUAUUUCCCUCUCACUUGUCGUAAUAUCCAGGUCAGUGGGCUGUGAAAUCCAAAUCCAAGUUCCCCAAAGGAUGGAAAAGGAAGACUUCUUGGACAGAAUGCAAAACAACUUUGCCCACAGCGCACAAACGCACGCAGGAUGCACUGAGAAACAUUUCACGUGCAUGCUCGCCGGGUUACAAAAGCUCUUUAACGACCAGAAAAUGAGGUUAUCAGCUUGCCGGCGAGACUGUCAGACAUCUUCAGUGGCAGCUGCUUGGUGGCUCAGACCUGGAAACUAAUAUUGUGUUGACAUGCUCCUCCUCUCUCAACAUUUCCUCCCACCUUUCAUUUAUUUUGUGUAAACGUCACGCUUUCUGUCAUGUGGUGUUACCAAUGGUUAUUUAUUGAAUAUGUUUUGGACACUUGUGACAGUUGAUAGUACCUGGAAAAAAGUCAUGGUUCAAACUCUUCAUAUUUCCAUCUCUAGCUGGAGGAAGAAAAGAUUAAAAAAAAGGAAGUGUUACUUUUUUCAAGCUGCUUUUCUAUUCUGUGUGUAUGUAGUAGAAUCUUUGUAGCUUCAUGAGUUUUAUCCCCUCACCCCAAGAAAAGACACAAUAUUAUAUCUCAGAGCUGCUACUUCAUUUCGACCGAGAUCUCUUCUGAGAACUAGCAUGUUGCGUGGAAUGCUAAGCUAAAUGUUUUGUACAAGGGACAUACAAUGCUGGGACAAAGGAUCUGCCCCCCACAGAUUACACCUAAAUGUUCACAAUGAUUGUUGGCCUGCUUCAUGCUGUUUGACAGGUACUAUUUUGUGAUUCCUUGUCCGGUAGUUAUUAUGCCGGGAAAUGGCUCAUGAGAGGAAUUCAGAUUUCCAAAACACCAUUUUAUAUUUACUCAGGAUAUCUUUGAUAUUAGUGUUUGAUUAAAUAAAUAUUUAAAAGAGACAAAGAAAGUGAGAACAUGAGAAAUCUGUGUGGGGACAAAUACCUUUUCACAGCACUGUACAUAUAUGUAUUUGCACUGUCAUGGAAUUUAUUUCGGCAUGCUUCUUUUCAACAUUCUUGGAGCCAUAAUUCAUCAGCAAUUUUGUAUGUUGUAUCAUGUUUUUGUUUUUUUAUAAAUAUUGUUUUGAAAUGACGCAGCUGUAAAACAUGAACACAUCAAAAUCUUUUUUUCCUAAUCUUCAUUAUAAGAAUAGCACCCGAAAUGUUUUUAUUUAAAUAGCUACACGCUGUGCAUGUACAUUACUGAAAAUUUGUUAAAUAUUUGUUUUUUAGGAAAAAAAAGCAAAACAACCAAAAAAAAUAACAAAAUACAAAAAAAGUACUCUAACAAAGUGAUUUUCCAAAUGCAGAGGUGUAGACUUCGAUUGACAGCUUUAACAUUGCAGAGCACCAGGUCACACACACGUACACACAGUAUUACUACACAAGUACAAUAUGAAACACCAAAACAGCCAAAGACUGACACCAAGGACCAAAACCCUGAUGUAAACAUGUUUUAAGAGGUUUGUUCACUUUGACAUUUGGUCACUUUUCCCCAGGUUUCAUUCAUAUUCCCUAGACCAAAACUUGUUUCUGUGUCACAAACUUAAUUUAUUUCAGGCCAUUUAUGGAUCUCACCUCUACUGAUUAUGACAGAGAGAAGAGUGGAAAUACAAGAAAAUAAAACUGCAGUAUUACAUUUUAUCCGGAGCAAUAAUAAAGCCAGUGAUAUGGUAAACAUUUAGUUGAAAAACGGAGAGGCUUUUUGGUUUGUUUAUUUCUCUUUUUACAGAUUCUAAAUGUCAGUUUUAGUAGGAGAUGCACUGAUCAAAAUUUGUACUUGUCCAAUUCCUCCAGUCUUUGUCAAGUGUUGCUGUACCAACACAAAAUAUAUUUUUGCUUUCCCACUUUGACCAUCUAUUCAUAGCAGGACAUAGAGACAUAACCCACUAUCUGUUUCAGAGUAAUGGUAAAACAAGGUUUUAGAUGCAGCUUUAAGCUGUAUUUAGCAACUUAAAUUAGCGAUUAGCAUGGUUAGGAAUUAAUCCAAACUAGCAUUUCCAAAAGUCUUUCCAAAUCCAGUAUGUUCCAUGGUAGGAUUAAAUGAAAGCUCAAUAUUCUGUUGAACCUUCCUGUUAGUUGUUGAAUAUCUUACUCUCUGCCUUUAUCCGGAAGCCUGGAUGAACUGCAGAGAUGUCUUGAACAGAUUUAGAAAACAUACCUUCUGUUUAAAUACCUGUGCUUCGCAGAUUUUAUUGUUAUCCUCACUGUCUUUUUUUUUUUUUUUUUUUUUUGACUUCACCGUGGUGGGAAUUUUUCCAGUCCAAUAUGGUAGUUCUUCGAUCCAGUGCAUUGAGUUAUAUAGAAAAAAAUUAGAUUUUUUACAUUUGCCGGUCGAGGCCGAUCAAGUUGAAUGUCAGACGAUCCCCCAGUGCAUCUCUAAUUUUGUUUUUCAUGUCAGCUUUACGUCGUUUAUAAUUCUCCCGGUGUGAACUUGAAACUUGGCUUUUGGACCAAUAUACAGUAAUCAGCUUUUUUUCCAAGCAGUUUUUAAUAAAUAUAGGAUUCAUAGACAGAUGCUUUGUUAUUAAUCUACAACAUUAAUAACAAAAACCUGUCAUCUGCAGUUAGAGAGCACUUCCCCUGACAUACCUAAAGGCUCCUCACCCCAAACACCUCGGUGCUAUACAGAAGCGUGUAACGAACAUAAAUUCUGACCUCAAGAAACAAGUGGAAGUGUUUGGGGCAAUCUGCUCCAUCUAGGCUUCCUUGUUUCUUUCCUCAAAUCAAAUUUAAAUAUCACACCUGCACUCUUGGAUUUGAAGGGUCCUAAUAACUUUGUCCAUCGCCUGACUCCUGACUUCUCUGUAGUUCUAACACGAAAGACAAGCUGUUGGAACCCAACUGUAUGUGAAAUAAUAUAACAGAUGACAAAUGUGUACAUUUCUCUAUCAGGGAGAAAUCUGUGUUUAAAAAAGAAGAAAAAAAUCUCAGUCAACAAUUCUUGAAGAAUUUCUAUUUUACCUUUAUUCCCUUCUCUAGCUGUGCUUUGCUACAAAUUUCUAGGUGGCAAACAAGUUUGUCUCACUCUACCUCUUGGAGCACGAUAAGAGCAUCAGUUGUGGCGCUGAUACUGGUCUAGUCUAAACCAAAUGGGCACAAGAGAACAGGAAAAAUGAAACCCAAAGUCAAAGCUCAUACAGCUGCAAAACCAUAUCACUACUUGGUAACAAUGCAGACCUCAUAAAUAAAAGAAAAAUAAGUAGAAAAAAAAUCUUUGUUAUGUUCUUGUAAGCCUUUGAGUACACCAAGAGUUUGAAACGUUUAAAGAAAUCUAAAAGUGUGUGCAAAUUUUAAAGAAAAGUGUUGUUUCUUUUGUUAAUAAUACAAAUUAAGAUCAGAAAUGAGAAAUGUCUUGAUUUUUUUUCUCUCCCUCUUUUCUCCUUCUGUCUGUUGUGAAGACAUGCAAAUUUGCUUGUUGGACUGUCAGCUAGGGAAUCCAUACAAAAAGGCAAAUCUUUUAAGGAAUUAAUCAAAAUUAACAUUAUAAAAUUUAGAUCAUUAAUUCAGAUUUGACUAUUAUUUAAAUUUGGAAACAGGAAAGAUGCAGGGGCUUAUAGCAAACUGCUUAGCAUAAACCAGAGACAAUGAGUCAAACUUAAGGAGGGGGGAAGGAGUUCUGGUCUUAUGGUAAAAUGUAAAAAAGAAAAAAAAAUCAAAUAAUUUCAAGUUGUUGUGCAAUACUUUAUUGAGAUAUAAAAACCACAGGUUAGUGGUAGGCUGACACAGAGUGGUCUUUACAUCACUUAGAGUCAGUGUCUUCUAGAGAGCUUUCCAGUCUACUAUGUCAGAAUUGUGGUUUCUUGUUGAUUUAUUUCUUUUGUGUUUUGUUUUCUUUAACUAUUAUGUUAAUUUUUUUUGUUAUUCUUUUUGGGGGGCUGUAAAUUAUGGUCUGUCAGUCUGUGAAACUUUGCAGUAUAAUUCUGGUAUUGUUGUUCUAUUUACAGUGAAAUAAAUAUGUUAAUUCUU